CUUCAUGUGUAAUGGGUGCAAAUCUUUUGUCAGAUCCAUUAGUGUUUGCUGGUGAUCUCAGGAAUAUUAACAACACGUUUGCCUCCUCGGUUGAAGCUGAUCGGGUAUUUUUCCCGCAGCGGUUCUGGUGAAAUCUGGUAAAAUCCGGUUGCUUUGCACCUGAGUGCUGAAGUGUUUUUCGUGCAGCAAGUUCAGAAACUUUAGAGGGACUUUCUAUGUGCUGAUUCGUGGCUCUGGUGUUUGUGUAUGCAGGAACUGAAAGAGGAUUUGUUGUAGGACUUGUUGCUUUCUGAUCAGCCAUUGUAGGCGACGGAAAGUGGGAAGGUCCAGUUCAUUCGCCUGCAGGCUUCUCUGUUCUCUGUGCAUGAAGGACACAGCUCUAUGAAUUCUGGACGAGCCAUGAGGCUGCCGGUCACAUCGGACUGUCUGCAACCACGGCUGGAUUAAUAUCUGGCUUUUUGAUUCCCCUGGGUUCUGAAGGCAGCUGAUAUUUCUGCCUAAAGUACUUUUCUUCAAGGUUGCUGUCAAAGCUCGCAAAAUGAAAAGAUAGCUCACUUGUUGCGGAGUUUUGGUAUCAAUGCAAGCGUAAAAUUCACUGCUGCUUGUCCUGGAUUCCUGCCGACCUGAGGAGCUUGUUUUCUGUCCAUUCAUCUUCAUCUUUCCACAAGUCUGAGCUCUGAUCUAAAGACCACAUGAUGAUGAGGAUGGCACCUAAACAAACGUGGGCCCUGAUCAUCCUCACUUUAUCCUCCUUAUUCUCCCUGUGCAGCACAGCAGCUGAUGUGAUGGAGGAGGAAGAAAGCUUCAGUGGAGAGGCAUGGCUCCGUAAAUACGGCUACCUGUCUCAGGCGAGCAGACAGAUGUCCACCAUGCAGUCGGCUCAGAUUCUGUCCAAAGCCAUCAGCGACAUGCAGCGAUUCUACGGCCUCCCGGUGACCGGAGAGAUGGAUCCUGCUACUCUCACAGCCAUGCGACGGCCGCGCUGUGGCCUCCCAGACAGAAAAGCAUCAGAGAUUGAAGAAGGUACGAGGAAGAAACGCUACGCUCUGACCGGACAGCAGUGGAACAAAGACCACGUCACUUACAGCAUUAUGGACCAGCAGAUCCCCUCCUCUUUAGGCGCGGAGCAGACAUUUGAUGCGAUUCGUCGGGCCUUUGAGGUGUGGAGGAGGGUCACUCCACUCACCUUUGAGGAGUUACCUGCUGAAAACAACAUCAGUCUCAACAGCAGUCAGUCAGACCUCGCAGACAUCCUGCUGUUGUUUGCCUCUGGUUUCCAUGGUGACAUGUCUCUUUUUGAUGGCGAGGGGGGGUCGCUCGCUCAUGCCUACUAUCCUGGACCAGGAAUAGGAGGAGAUACACACUUUGAUGCUGAUGAGCCCUGGACUCUGGACAACCAAAAUCCUCAGGGUGUGGACCUCUUCCUGGUGGCGGUCCAUGAGCUCGGCCAUGCUUUGGGUUUGGAGCACUCUGAUAAUCCCAGUGCUAUAAUGGCUCCUUUUUAUGAGUGGACUCACACGCACAACUUCUCGCUACACGAGGACGACAUCAGAGGAAUUCAGCACAUAUACGGUCCUCCUCUUCUCACUGAUGCUCCCCCCACUUCACCCCCCAUCCCUGACGAUGAACCUAGUGAAGACUCCCCCACCUCCUCGUCUCCUCCUGAGGUUGAACCCACCUCCCUUUUUCCCACUGAUGCUCCACCCUCCACAACCAACAGCAUCCCACAUCCUCCAGCCUGGCCCGGGACGACUCCCAGCCCUACCUCACCUCCUGUACUUCCCACCGUCAAACCUACCACCUCCCUGCCUGACCCAGAGCCGGUCACCCCGUAUGUUAGAAAGGAUGUCCCCCCUCCACAGCCUCCACCUCGACCUCCUGCUCCACCAAGACCUCCCAAAGUGCCUGACAACCAGGCCCCCGAUAUCUGUGAUGGGAACUUUGACACGGUGACCCUGCUGAGGGGGGAGAUGUUUGUUUUCAAGGGUCGCUGGUUCUGGCGUGUGCGGAGGAACCGGGUCCUGGAUAACUACCCCAUGCCGAUAUCUGUAUUCUGGGUUGGCCUGCCCAGUGACAUCGACGCAGCCUAUGAACGCCACGAUGGCAAAUUUGUCUUCUUCAAAGAUGAUAGAUACUGGGUCUUCAGAGAGGCUGAUGUGCUGCCAGGAUACCCACAGCCCUUACACGAGUAUGGACGGGGAGUUCCUAGUCACAAAAUUGACACAGCGAUUUGGUGGGAGCCAAGCGGAUACACGUACUUUUUCUCUGGAGACAGAUACUGGCGCUUCAAUGAAGAGACCAGGACUUCAGCCAGAGACUAUCCCAAGCCAAACACCAGAUGGGGAAAUAUACCUCACUCACCCAAAGGCGCGUUUCUCAGUGAAGAUGGAGCAUACACCUAUUUCUACAAAGGCACAAACUACUGGAGGUUUGACAACCACAGGACAGAAGCAGACAAAGGCUACCCUCGCUCAAUCCUAAAGGAUUUCAUGGGCUGUGUUGGAGUCCCUGACCCUAAACCCGAUGCAGACCCUGAGCAGGAGCCAAAAGAAAAACCAAUCAACCCUUCAGACCGAGGCAGAGAUGAGCACAAAGAGCCAGACACGGGCAGGGACAAAGACACAAGCACAGAGGAAAACUUGACCUCUAAGCCUGACAGCACAGAGGACGAGGACGAGGACAGAGAGGUGAACGUGGUCGUGACGGUGGCCGACAAUGAAUCAAAGGUCAUGACUCUGGUCAUGGUGUGCGUUCCUCUUGUCCUCAUCUUGUGUAUUCUCGUCUUAAUCUAUGCAAUCCUCAGGACUCUGCAGAACAAGGAGACACCGAGGGCUUUGGUGCACUGCAAGCGUUCGCUGCAGGACUGGGUGUGAAAUUUAGACCAUUCAACGGGUAUCCAUCAUUUGUCUGGUACAGACGUUGGCUUCAAAUGUUUGAUUUGUGGCUCUAUGGAAAGAAGCUUUGACUGAGUACUAAAGUUGAAGAAAGCAGAGAAUGAGUCACUGUUUUUGGCCUCGUUCGCUAUGACACCUUUUAUUGCUCAUGUGAAUGAAUGCAAAAGUGGUAAAGUUUAUGCCUGUGGAGCUGCAGUCUACUGGCCUUCAAGUUUCCCUCCUAUGCCUCCUUUUGUGCCUUCUAAAGUCGGAAAAUACACAUGCUUUUCUUAUUCGUUACAAGAAAAAAAAUGUCAGCCACCUUAUGUGUACUGUAAAGACACACAUUAAUGCUGGGUAAUGUUUCUUUAAAAAGCAUCUUUUUACAUUACAAGAGUUCUGCCAUGUAGAAGUGACUGGUCAUGCUAAAGAGAGAGGAGAAAUGUAUUAUGAAUACCCUUUCAUGACCCAUUAUACUUUGGUUAUAUUGCUCAGACAAAAACAUGUGGUCAACUGCAGGUCUUUCUUGUGGUGCACUGACUCUAUAUCUCUGCACAGCCUAGUUUAUAGCCCUAGAUAACAGAUGCCAUAUAGCCUUUACAGCUCUUGAUUAUCCUCAAAUAUGACAUUGAACUAGGAAGAGACAAACAAUAUCAGUCCCAGCUGUUUCAAUGAAAACAAUACAACAAUGGGAAUAUUUCCACAUAGUAAGUGCUGUCCUCACUAACAUCUCACUAGUUGAAUCUGCUUGUUAUGCUUGCUUACAACUGCAGCUGUACCGUCUGCAGGUUCACAGCUUUAGGUAAGAGAGAAAAUAACAUAUGUGUAAAUAACAUAUGUUUUUUUUCUUUUAUUUGUGGUGACAAAAUCUAAAGGGAAUCAGUGCAUUUUUUUAGUAGCAGAUUACUUGCAUAUGAAAAGUGACAAACUAAAGCAUCACUUGAAUUGCAGACCCGAUCUUUAUGUUACCCAUUGAAACAAACAAACAAAAAAAAGAUCUAACAGAUUAGUUUGUGACACAUUACCCCAGGCAAUGCGUAUUAAACUGUCUGGGCCAGAUCCACUAAAGGAUUGUGCUGCUUUUGCACCUGCUAAAUCUGUGCAAAUUAGAGAAAAAGACAAUGUAAUCCACAAAGCAUGCACAAAGGGGAAAGCUAGACAAACUGCUCUACCAGGCAGACAGAAUCCAGGGUGCAUCUGCCCCAUUUGCAUGCAUGCAUGCAAAUUAGGAAAUAAUCAUGAAUUUGGCACAAAAUUGCUCCAUACCUAUACAAAUAAAACCUUGUUGCAAAUCGCAACUAAUUCACAAAGCUCAGUGCUAAUUACUUAAGACAGAAAAAAUGGUGCUAUGUAACACCUUAAAACUCAUGUAUUAAAUAAAUGCAGUUCUCUAUUUCUCUCCCCUUCUCUCUGCUCUCUCAGUUGCUAGUGUGUUUAUAGGCCUUGGGCCUGCACUACUGUCCCAUUAUGGAGAGACAAUGUUUGAGAACAUGAAAUAUAGUGCUAGUUUAGCUAAGUUGGUAGAGCAGGUGCCCAUACACAGAGGUGAUAUGGGGCAAUAUAGGCGCUGUUUUCAAACAGUAGUCAUCAGCAAAAUAAUUCUAUGCUGGCAUCUGCUAACUCUAAUAUGUUUUCAUGGACAAACAUAUGAGAAAAUGUUAGCAUAAUGGGAGUCUUGCACCAUAAGAAGGGAUGAAAAAAACAUCAGCAUCAGCUAAAUAGCUAAGUUUAACAUCAGUAAUGGUUUUGGGCCCUAACAUUCACAACUGGUGCAUCUGCAGUCUCAGGAUUGUUUCCAAAUCCUGGUGCUAUUUCAGGCAUGUCUCUCUCUUUCCAUAUUUCCUGUCUAUUUUUAGCCCCCCUAUAAAAAUAAAGGCAAAAAGCCUAGAAAGUAAUCUUAAAAACUGAAACGUAUUGUUCAUCAGAUUUAUCAUGAACUGUGGCCAUGCAUGGCCCCAAUCUCCUUUCAGAAAGCAAUAAAUUGUCGAAGAAACACUCCAGCUGACUGUGAGCAGCAGUACUUAUGGGGGUGUUGGUGCAUGUUAUCAUUAAUUUUGCAGAUAUGAUGCAAAAACAGGGCAAGUAGUGGGGGCUAAUUCUGUGCAAAUCCUGUUGCUUUUAGCAGAUGCACUAUUCCUUGUAGAUCUGGCCCUAUGAGCGUCCCUUUUUAUCACUCCUUUAGAUUAGUAGUGGCUGAUUUAUUUGUUCUAUUAAUGCAGACAAAGUCAUUAAUGCACAUACAGUGUACUGAAGCAGAAUACUGCUUUUAGCUAUGAAAACACAUAAAAACAAGCAUUAAUGAGAGAAAAAGUUUUCCAUAUGUCCGACUAUGGUGCCUUAACCAUUCUUGAUUUUUUCCCUUUGUUCAAAGCAUCUUGUUUGCACUUUUUGUUUCUGGUUAUUGUCUUUGUUUUUGCUGAGGUUGCUUGACUGCAUUUUUGUCUGUCUGUGUGAGAGUAUGUUUGUGCAAAGCAAAACCUUUUACCCUAAUUCAGAAGCUCAUCUUCGACCAGCGCAGGAAUGUUAGACAGCUGUGUGUGUCCAUGACCGCCUGUCUCCCACUGAGCCCAUUAUGUCUGCCCUCUCUUUCUCACACACACGCUCAAACAUCACAUGAUUUAAAAAAAAAAAAACCUUAACUGCACUCAUAUGUGCAUGCAUGUGCACGGUUGUGUGCAGUUACCCUUGUCCACAUUUGCAGACGCAUACACUUAAACCUAGAGACCACUUACCCAAACAAAGGCACAUCAAGUUUUUGCACAUAGACAUUUGGGCUCCAGCCUCCCCUCCUCCCACCACAGCCAAGGUAACUGUUCAGACUGCACCACUAAAAUCACAAUCCCAGAGGAGACGUAUUGAUAUACAGCUGCUGCCAAAGCUUAUGUGAAAUACAAGAGCCUGGGGAUUUAUUCACAUUUAACAAGAAGAUUUAAAAACGUUGUGGUUUAUACAAAUUUGAUCCAUGUCAGCUCAACCUGUGAAGAGGAAACUCAUUUCAUGUGAAGAGGAAACUCAUUUCAGUAUCUCUAUCUCCUGUUAUCGCUUCUAAUGCUAAGGCUUAAUUCAGUCAAAUCUUAUUGUAUUGUAAUGGACAUGGGAGAAGCCUGCAGGCUGGAGAGGAAUGGGUCAGGGUCUGGUUUCCAUUAAGCCCACAUGCUGCUGAUUUAGUACAGUCAGGCAUGAAGAGGGGGGAGUGAUGGGAUUUAGGGAAAAAUGAAGAAAAAAAAGUAGGAAAUGGUGGUAGGGCAUGAAGAGAAAUGAGAGAAAUGGAUGAUGAGGGAGAGAAAGAGAGGGUGGGCUCUGCCUGCAUUUCCUUCACACUUUUCUCUGGGAAAGGAGGAGCGACAGCAGGAAAUAGGGGAGGAAGGAGUUUGGGGAGGGGCAGCGCUGGCGUUGUGCCUCCUGACCUAGAUCGGGACUCUGAGUCCGCUCCUUCUUUUCAAGUCAUCUUGUUUUCAUUCUGCCUGUUAUCCUGAGCUGGAGAUGACUUCCUCUGUCACCAACUCCUCUCUUCCUCUUCUUCUUUUCUGUUUAUUUUUCUAUUCUUAGACUUUUGUUUUUGUUUCACAGCUGUCCCUUACCAUACCUCUUUACUCCCAGAUGUAUUCAUUUUCCUCUGCACUCUCCUGUAAAGUUAACUCAAGCAUUAAAAUGUACCGAAUGCAUAGAAACAUCUGCAGAAAGUGACUCAGAAUGGCCGAAUGUCUCCACUGAGCUCAUGACUGUCUGUUUCUGGCAUUAAUAUGCUCUUUGGGUUCAUUUCCUUACAUUGUUACCUUAACAUUUCGUCGUGCCUUUUUCUGUGAAUAAUGGGGGGCAUAUUUUUUUUUUUUUUACUAUAAAUAGCAUGAGGGAAAGUUUAAAAAAUUUCUUGUACUUUUUUAAUUUGUAGCUUUGUAAAUUUGUUUCUGUGGAGAUUUCUGUAACAAUAACAGUAGAUUUUUAUGACAAUCUUGAUGCAUGCAGGGCAUGUUCUGUUAGGCCUGUGCACUCCUCUGUAGAGUACAUUUUCAAAAUCACAAUAAAACUCACAG